GUCCGGCCCCUUCCUUCCCGCGCUCCCUCGCCCGCCUCGCGGCCCCCUCAUGAGGGUGUCCGUGCCGGGCCCGGCGGCCCCCGCCGCCCCCGCGAGCGCCCGCGAGCCCUCGACGCCCGGCGCGGGCGGCGGCGGCGGCGGCGGCGCCGUCGAGGCCGCCUCGGGCGCCGCGGUGCCGGGCUCGGUGCAGUUGGCGCUGAGCGUCCUGCACGCCCUGCUCUACGCCGCGCUCUUCGCCUUUGCCUACCUGCAGCUGUGGCGCCUGCUCCUGUACCGCGAGCGGCGGCUGAGUUACCAGAGCCUCUGCCUCUUCCUCUGCCUGCUCUGGGCAGCGCUCAGGACCACCCUGUUCUCCGCCGCCUUCUCGCUCAGCGGCUCCCUGCCCCUGCUCCGGCCGCCCGCUCACCUGCACUUCUUCCCCCACUGGCUGCUCUACUGCUUCCCCUCCUGUCUCCAGUUCUCCACGCUCUGUCUGCUCAACCUCUACCUGGCGGAGGUCAUAUGUAAAGUCAGAUGUGCCACUGAACUUGACAGACACAAAAUUCUACUGCAUCUGGGCUUUAUACUGGCAAGCCUUCUCUUUUUAGUAGUGAACUUGACUUGUGCCAUGCUAGUCCAUGGAGAUGUUCCAGAAAAUCAAUUGAAAUGGACUGUGUUUGUUCGAGCAUUAAUUAAUGAUAGCCUGUUUAUUAUUUGUGCCAUCUCUUUAGUUAGUUACAUAUGCAAAAUUACAAAAAUGUCAUCUGCAAAUGUCUACCUCGAAUCAAAGGGUAUGUCUCUGUGCCAGACUGUCGUUGUAGGCUCUGUAGUCAUUCUUCUCUACUCUUCCAGAGCUUGUUAUAAUUUGGUGGUGAUCACCAUCUCUCAGGAUACACUAGAAAGUCCAUUUAAUUAUGGUUGGGAUAAUCUGUCAGAUAAGGCUCAUGUAGACGACAUAAGUGGAGAAGAGUACAUAGCGUUCGGCAUGGUCCUCUUCUUGUGGGAACAUGUGCCAGCAUGGGCGGUGGUACUCUUUUUCCGUGCACAGAGACUGAACCAGAAUUUGGCACCUGCUGGCAUGAUAAACAGUCACAGUUACAGUUCCAGAGCUUACUUUUUUGACAAUCCAAGACGAUAUGACAGUGACGAUGACUUGCCAAGACUGGGAAGUUCAAGAGAAGGAAGCUUAUCAAAUUCGCAAAGUUUGGGCUGGUACGGCACCAUGACUGGGUGUGGCAGCAGCAGUUACACAGUCACCCCCCACCUGAAUGGACCUAUGACAGAUACUGCUCCUUUGCUCUUUACUUGUAGUAAUCUAGAUAUGAACAAUCACCAUAGCUUAUAUGUAACACCACAGAACUGACAGCAUUAUCAAGUUGUGAUUCUUGAAUUGUUUUUCAUAAAUGUGUAUAUUCGACAUGUUUAAAUUCCAUCUAUGUAAACAUUCCAUUAUUUGUUGCAACUGAAGACAAAAUCUGGAAAUGUGGCUGAGUCUGGUGGAGACCACAACUACUACUUUUGAUCUCUGCACAGUAACGUGAAAUAAAAUGGAAAGACUGGAGUAGAAGAGAGAUGAGAUCUCAAGGCACUUGAUGGCCUCCAAACCCUUGACUUUGGAACAUCACACGCAUACUUGCAUAUUUGCACUUUGACCUUUGAUCUGGAAGAGUAUACACUGCAGUCCCCAAAGUCGUACUCCAGUGUCUGCCCUGGAACUUUACUGUACACCAAUCUGGAAGGCAGCUUUCCUACGUAAAUCAAAGCCUGUGUAUUCAUUGGUUGUUCUUUGUGUGGAAUUCUUACCCCAUUACAGUUUUAUAGUGUGAACAGUGCACAGAAUGAAGACAUAAAAAUGUUAUUAUUUUUAAAAAUCUAAAAUAAUGUAAUCAUUGAAGACAGUUCUCUUAAGCAUGAUUUUAAUAUACCAAUUUAAAUUAUUCAAACAAUCACUUUAAACAAAUUACAGUAGUCAUUCUUCACAGUGAUGACCAGCAGAAUUCUUGGGAAAGCCAUGGCAGUUUCUUCAAGAGCAAAACAUACCUGUGAAAAUUAUGUGGCUCCUUUGAUUAGAAGCACUCAAGUGAUUAUUUUGUAUGAUUGAGAUGUAUGUGGUAAUUGAAGCAUGAUUCUUCAAGAAAGCAAUAGAGAUCUUUGCAUAGGAAGGUUUUACUAGAAACUUCUUGGGACUAAACAAGUUUACAGAUGCAUUUGAGAUUUAUAAAAUGUGAAGUCAAGUUAAAACGUGAAUACAUUUUCAAAAGCAUUCAAUUUAUUUGAAGCAAGAUCUAACUGAUCUCACUGAAAUCAGGAUUGUCCUCAGGUAAAUUAAACCAUGAUACGCUAUUGCCGUGAACUCAAGUGCAAUACUUUGUAAGACACACAAUUCCUCCUUUAAUUUUCACAUUUUUAUACUUUGUAAAUGGGCAAAACCAAAUUAAAUUGAAUUCAAAUUAAUCCCAGCACUAGACUGAAUAAGCAGCAAACUUUGGUAAAUGUAUGAACUAGGUAGGUAUAGAGGCUAACAAUAUUGGAGUACUUUAAAAAUUAAAACUGACGUGAAUAUCCUACCCCAAUUCUGAAGAAUUUAUAUUUGGUAAAUAUAGAUAACACAGAAUUUUUAAAUGCACUUUCUACUAGUGUCUAUCUGAAAAGUAGAUGCUGAAUACCUCAAGAUGCCAAGGGAACAGGCAACAUUGGGAAGUUGUCACAACUUGCUUAAGGACAACUAAUUAUGCACAAUUGUGUGCUCAUCUGUUUCUUCAGAACUGGAAUUAGUACAACUGUUCUGUCUUCUACUUUCAUUAAAAAGUUGUUUUACUUAAGAUAUCUUUGAACUUUUUCAUACCUGAUGCGGUAACGCCACAAAAGUGUUAACAGUGAAACCCUAAGGAAAAAAUGAAAUUGUUUAAAGCUUUCUAUCUUUCAGGAGGCUGGGCCACAGCCAAAUAAAUUUCUUCUUUUAAUGCUAAUGACUGUAAAUUCAAUCAGAAGCAUACUUACAAGUGUUACUUUGCAUUUGUUUAUAAAUUCUCUCAUUAUAACCAAAUUAUUUUAAAAUUUAUAGCAUUACUAUGGACAACGUAACAUUGUGUUUCCACUGUGACUUCAGUUCCUAGGUUUCUUUGCAGAAUGCCCAGUUUGUUUUGCUAUUCAUGUGAAGUAUGUAAUUACCAAGAGCUAGCAAAGAUCUGUGCUGUGUUUGUUAAUCCUUGGGGUUCAGUGUGAUAAAAUAAAAUUUUUCGAGUAAGGC